GUGAGAGAAAGGAUAAAGCCAGAGGCAGGGAAUGAAGAAAGGCAGCAAGUAGUGACACCCCGCAUCCUGCCGGAUCAUUAGAGCCAGUGCCCGCCUUACUUACAUAUCUCUCCCUUAGCCAAGUGCCGACCCGCCUUCCCCCAGUGGCACCACCUGUCUCCCUGUGACCGCACCGUGCUGAGGGGCAGCUCCGCCUGAGGAACCAACACGGACUCACUGAGGGGAACCUGAUCCCAUAGCAAUGGAAUUCCCUAAACAGACGGAAAUGGUAGAUAUGGGUCUGAAUGGAAAAGGGAGUUUAGGAACAGAAACCCCAGAACCCAGUUUUAUCGGAAAUGACAAUCAAGAGUUGGAGGAGUUCUUGCCGCACGCCGCUGGGAAAGAGAAGCCGCGAUUUACAGAUUUUGAGGGGAAGACAUCCUUUGGAAUGUCAGUGUUUAACCUCAGCAAUGCAAUCAUGGGCAGUGGCAUCCUGGGACUGGCAUAUGCUAUGGCCAAUACUGGCGUCAUCCUCUUCCUCUUACUCCUGACUGCUGUGGCACUGCUGUCCAGCUACUCCAUCCACCUGCUGCUGAAAUCAUCGGGAAUUGUGGGUAUUCGUGCCUAUGAGCAGCUUGGAUAUAAGGCGUUUGGGACUCCAGGAAAGAUGGCUGCUGCUAUUGCUAUAACUCUGCAGAAUAUUGGAGCUAUGUCUAGUUAUCUGUACAUUGUGAAAUCAGAGCUUCCCCUGGUCAUUCAGACCUUCCUCAAUCUUCCUGAGAAAACCUCAGACUGGUAUAUGAAUGGCAACUAUUUGGUAGUCAUGGUCUCCAUCGCUGUCAUCCUACCCCUGGCACUGAUGAAGCAGCUGGGGUACCUGGGCUAUGCCAGUGGCUUUUCUCUCAGCUGUAUGGUGUUCUUUCUAUGCUCGGUUAUCUAUAAAAAGUUCCAGAUUCCUUGUCCUCUUGAUUGGGACAAUGUCAAUGGCACAGUGUUAGGUAACCUAAGCCUGGCAGCAGUGGGCCACGCGUAUCAGAAUGGCCACGUUGAAAUCGCAGAAGCUGAGGCAGGCCAGUGUGAACCCAAGAUGUUCACAUUAAACUCGCAGACGGCAUAUACAAUCCCCAUUAUGGCCUUUGCCUUUGUGUGCCACCCAGAGGUUCUGCCCAUAUAUACUGAGCUGAAAGACCCCUCCAAGAAGAAGAUGCAGCUUGUAUCUAAUAUCUCCAUUGCUGUCAUGUACUGCAUGUAUUUCCUAGCUGCUCUCUUUGGAUACCUCACCUUCUAUAAUCAUGUUGAAUCCGAGCUCCUGCACACAUACAGCUAUGUGGAUCCCUUCGAUAUCCUGAUCCUGUGCGUGCGAGUGGCUGUGCUGACGGCCGUCACACUCACAGUCCCCAUAGUGCUGUUUCCGGUGAGACGCGCCAUCCAGCACAUGCUGUUCCAGGACAAGGAGUUUAGUUGGAUCAGACACAUCAUCAUUGCAGUGCUGCUGCUUACUGUGAUUAAUCUGCUGGUUAUUUUUGCCCCAACUAUACUUGGCAUCUUUGGCAUAAUUGGUGCUACAUCGGCCCCAUGCCUCAUCUUCAUUUUCCCAGCCGUCUUCUAUAUUCGAAUUAUGCCUAAAGACAGGGAACCUACAAAAUCUACGCCCAAAAUAUUGGCCGCGUGCUUUGCUGUCCUGGGUAUCCUGUUUAUGAUCAUGAGCCUGAGCUUUAUCAUCACUGACUGGGCAACUGGAAGCAGUAAAAGCGGUGGAAGCCACUAACCCUAGAAACAUCACUAUUUACUCCCCCCAUUCCUUCCCCAACAUGGGACUUCACCCUACUUGGUGAUUUCACUGCUGGCACAUCAUAGCCGUGCUUGCCAUGUGAGGACAGACUGUUUUUUUAAUGCUCCCCUGGAAGGAUUUGAUUUCUUUAGGAUGGGGAAGUGUGACUUUUUACCCCAUUCUCAUGCUAGGACACAUUGUGGUGGCAUUAAGGUGUCUGCUAUUAACUCUAGAUGGCAAAAUACAGAGCUACAUGCCCCCUGCUACUAAGAGAGGGACUUCCUUUCUUCCUGAGUCAUCCUGUAGUAUUAGGGGACAUCCUCCAUGGGUAGCAGGCACCUCCAUUGGUAUCAUUUGAACUGAACAAGCCUAUAACACAUUUCAUCUGGACAAAGAUGCAGGACAAAGGGGAAAUAAAUCUGUGUCUUGUGUGUUUGUAGCAUAUGUUGGAUUAACAUGGUGCUUGAAGAACCGAGCACUUUAUUUCCUUGCUGUUAAGAGGAAACUACAGCACGAGCCAGUAUCACGUAUCUGUAUGCAGUCUCACAAUACCAUCUCCGUCUUUACACUCACAGAGUAACGUGUAAAUAGGCGUUUCAAACUGAAUACUCUGCAUAAGUAUUGGAUUUAAGAGAGGAAAUGUUAAAGGAACAAGGGGAUUCUAUAGUAGGAGGUGAUCAGGAGCGUGGGAAGUAAAGAGCAGUUCAGUGGGAUGGAGCAGCUGAGGGAGCAACAGAUUUGGUCUAAAGAGUGGUGUGAGAGGACAGUGGCAGAUAUCCUGGUGGGAGCAAUGAGUUACAUAUUAGUCAUAGGCAAGACCAGGGGGGUCCUUGGGAUAAUAUUCAUUCCCAAGGUUUGGAGGCUGCAGGGCUGGUAACGUCUAUUUUACCAGUGGGUAGGUCACAAAGAAGCUCUCUGUGAAUAAUAUAUAGGUAGUGUGUGUGGCAUUGGGAUUCUCUGGCACGUGUGCCCAUCAGAAAACCAAGGGGAUCUCAGGGGUUGCUGUCUAUAGGAUGGUAAAUGGACAAGUCAUACUGCAUGUAUUAUGUAGCUCCCAAUGUACCAUUAUGCAGAAAGAGGAGCCCAGCCCAAUAUUGGCCCCUUGUGUUGUCCCCUUAUUGGACAGUUAUUUCUUGCAGAAAUGACAAAAAGUGCAAAGCUGGAGCUGGGCAGCCAUAAAAGCCCCUGGCUGGAUAGAACAAAAACUCCAGAUAUCCAACCAAGUCACGUCUGAAGUUGGUAAAAGCCACCUAGAGGCUUUGUUGCUCUCUGUGCGCCCCUCUAAGCUCUGCUCUGUCUCGCUGGGACACUCUCACACCUCUCAAAUGGAAUUCAGCUCACUUGGAAAGUAUUUCCUAGCUAAUUAAUAUUCCGCACAAUAAUGGCUGAGUGUGAGGGGAGAUGAAGCAGGAGGCUGGGUGACAGCAGGGAGGAAAGAGCCUUUGAGACCAGAGGGCAACGUGCAAAACAAAGAGGCAAAAUCCCGUAGGAAAAAACAUCCUGUCACUGGCUAAUUGCCCUUCGCUAGCCAGGAUCAAGGGGCACCAGCAGGACUAAAGGAAUCAUUGGCCCCAAGAAAAGAUCCUAUAAAUGAUAAAGAUGACUGUAUAGAAAUAAAAGUGUUGGAUGGGCAGAGAGAGGGAAUCCUUUACAAAUCUCCGCAGCUCAUUAAUUAAAGCUGCCCAUCUGACAUGGGCGAGACAGGCAACAUAUUGACUUUCUGUUGACUCGGGCGACAUUGGACACCGUUAAUCUUAACAUAAAUCGAGCAGCCUGUUAUAUAUGUAGGGCAGUUAUUUGGCCGGGAAAGGAAGCGUGUAUAAAGGGAAAAUAAGCAAUGCCCAUCUUUCUUUCAUUUCCUUAUAUUGACAGUAAGGAUCAAGGGGAAAUGUUACUGUAACCAUCUCUGCAUAUUUGCAUUCUCCAGGGCCAUAUUGGCUACUGCACCAGCUAGGGAAUACUAAACAGGCAGCAAUAGAACAGCGCCACCACCUGAUCAUAACCAAUGCUGCUUCCAUGCUGUUCUUACAUAAACAAGACCUAUUGCCUAUAGCAAACAAAAACCUGUUGAACAAUAAACUCUGCAUUUAUGUAUUACAGCCUAUUUAGGGGAAAGAUACAUUCAAAUGUUGCCUAUUUUCCCUUUGAGCCCACUCACCGUGCUCAAACACCCUCUAGCAAAAGAUCCCCUUGUGAACUCAAUGUGUUUAAAUCACUAAAUUAUUGUCAUAUUUGUACUUUUGUAACAAUAAAUAGAAGGUUGGAACGCGCAGCCCUUUCCAUGCUGAAGAAUGGAACCGGGCAUUUAUGUGUUAGGUAGAUUUCUAGAACAUAAUCUGUUUUUAAAUUAUGUUAAAAUAGUUGUUUUAUUGGGAAACAUGAACUGUUUGAUGAAAUUAAUCUUUGUAAGAGGUAAUUAAAAAAAAAUCACCAAAA